CCUCUUUACUCUCCAGAUCUGAACCCUAUUGAGCAGUUUUGGGAAAUAGUAAAAGACAAAGUUAAGCGUAGCCAAUUCGAAGCUACUGAGGGCCUGGCUACCAGAAUUGCCGAGGCUUGUAACUCUGUUUCUCCCAAGCACUUAAAAACAUUCGCCCAGCACUCUAUUAAUGUCUUUCAAAAGUGCUUAAAUGAGGAGCCUAUUUAA